AUUAUGCGUUGUACCCCCUGUCAUUUGAUUGAAUUUUAUUUACCUAGGAAUUAAACGGUGAAAGCUUGGUAUUGAAUGGUCAAUACUUGAAGUCUCGACUUAAAUCUUCAAACUAAACAAGGCUCUGUGCCGUAUUAGUCGGAUUCUACCGUACAUAGCAGAUUAUAGCUACUGUUACCCCCAGUCUAUCACGUUUAUCAAGAGUCAUAUUGAUAUUUUUCUUCAGGAUGUGAUAGUUUAAACUUAGUUCACCAAUCAAAUGAAAUUUUUUUUUUUCAAUAUAAGAAAUGAAAAAGAUUAGAUUUCUCAUAAAUAUGAAUUAACGAUGCGAGAAGAAUGAUUUGAAAGAUAAUUGGGGAAGUUUUAUGUUCGAAUCAUAUCUAUUUAAGGAAAAUUAAAGCAUGACAACAUUUAACGGUGAAAAAUAAUCUGAUGGAGAAACGAAUAACAGGUAACGCUUAAGACUGUCAACUUCCGAACAGACUUUUCAUUGUCGUAUUAUGUUCCGAAACAAAACUUGUCAUUCACUUUGAUGGGGAUUUAAUUUCGAAAUAGAACUAUUUAUUCGGAUUUUACAGCAUACAAUGGCGUAAGAGAAAUAUAAACGGACACAAUUAUAUAAUUAUAAUGCCUGAGAAAAUAAUUACGACUAGACCGUGGACUCAACAUCCAUUGUCUCCAGGAAAACUAUACCGACAGCAGCGAGCAGAUAUUAAAACACCUGUCAUUAAUACAUACGCAAAACAGUUACAACGAUGUAAUCGACUGUACAACAAAGUAGCAGAAGAAUUUGGGAAACCAAGGGAAAGAUUUCCAAGGAUUGAUGAUAAUAAUGCUUUUACGUACGAUUUCCAGCAAAGGCCAAUAUUCACCAAGUCUGCACCUGGAACAUUUCAUUAUGAUGACCCACAUGCUAUACAGAGACUCGAAUGGUCAUUGACAAAUCAGUUCCUACAAAAGCGCCACCACACGGAAUAUAUGGAUUAUAGACGGCAGCACCAUGCCUUUGCUGAUGAUAGUCGUUCGGUUUCAGAAUAUAGUGAUCAUUUUGAACUGGAUCCAUUUCAGUUAAGCGACAUUUUACACAGACGAGGUUUACGGAAGCCAGUAAUGGUGCGCUAUGAUAAAAAUGGUGUUGAGAUAAGAAAAUCCAAAAUAAAAAUUCGUCCAAAUAACGGUGCUCUUCCAACAAACCCAUCUGCCAGAGAAAAAAUUAAAGGUAGGGCAAGACUUGACUAUGAGAUGGCAAACAUGCGAGCUGUUGCAUUUUGUGAAAGGCAAGCUCAACGAAAAUUUCGAACGGCUUCAGCCAUUACUAGAAAUAGAGAUGUCGAACUUGUCGAGGAAGAUUUCUUAGAACGAAUAAACAAUGAAAACAAUAAUAAUGAGAAUGACGAUACGGGCAGUGUCAUUAUGUCUAUGGAUAAGGAGGAACUAUUUGAGAGGAUUGAUAAAUGGAUUGAUGGUGUAAACGAGGCUCUUGGUCAGUCUUCUAAUUCAACUUCAAAGGUUUAUUUUCAAGACAAAACAUGACAAAAAUAAAAUUUCAGACUUAUGAAUAUUUAUUUCGAAUCCGUUAAUUUUGUCAAAAAUUCAAUGCUUGGAAUUAACAGAAACAUGCAAAUAUUGAACAUGUUAAACCAGACGCCUUUUCUUUUUGGGUUACUUCGCUGUUGUUAUUCAAGGGAAAAAUAAUUUAAAGUGCAUGAUCAUACGAUAUAGAUUUUUGAUGAAUAUUGAAGGUGUCAUUUUGGUUAUACUGACGGUACGUCAGAACAAAAAAUUUGGUAACCAUA